CAAAGUUCUCUUCUUUUAUAUUGCCCUAUGCGUAAUGUUGUUUUGUGGGACUGCUCAUUUUGUUGAAUAAUCUUGAAAAUAAGGUGUUGGAGAAUAUUUAUAGUACUAUAUAGCUUGAGUAUUGUACUCAUUUGUAGCGAUUAGUUGCCUCUCAGCUUCUCUUGGAAGGGGAAAUUUUUCUGUUCUAUACAUAAAAGAGCAGGUCGGUGCACUAAGCUCCCGCUAUGCGAGGGGUCCGGGAAAGGUCCGGACCACAAGGGUUUACGCAAUCUUACCCUGCAUUUAUGCGAGAGGUGUCGAACCCUGGCAGCAACUUUACCAGAAUAUCAGAUAAAUGCAGCAAUGAAGGAGUCAGCUAUUUCACUGAGCUUCUAAGCAACUGGUCUGGCUCUCCAGGAUAUUGCAUAGAAAUAGGUAACGGAGAAUGGGACUCCUGGUUUAUGCCUUUUACCAAGCAGGUAGACAUUGCCUGUGAUAAGGUGAAGGAAAUAGAUGAGCUUAGUGAGGGUUACCACAUAAUCGGUCUCUCCCAGGGAAACAUGGUUGGCAGAGGGCUUGUUGAGCUCUGUAGUGAUGGACCUCCUGUAAGUUAAAAUCUUUGAUCUAGCAUUUCAUGUAUUAUAU